AUGAGCAGUUUCACGAAUAAAUCGCACUUCAUCGGUCCUCCGCAGAGUCCGGAAAACAGGGGCUCAACUGUUGGCAGUAACAGUGCUUGGGAUUUAGGAAACGAUGUAUAUCUUUGCUGUUACGACGAGUCGAUCGACAGAGGGAUGCACUCGGUACAGCCGGGUCUGGGCAGACACCUGCCGUUGCUUCACCACCAUCAUGGCCUGGAGGAGGAAGCUUAUCCCGGCUGUCAUGGUCGCAGUUCAGCGGCAGCCUACCUCGAAACGGGCCACCUGGAUUAUAAAAGUGAGGGCACUGUCGCCCCUUCGGAAAGCAGGAAGAGGAAUCGGUCCAACAGUUCCAGGCACCGUUUCGAGACAGUCACAGAGCUGGGACCCGAGGAAGUGAGGUGGUUUUAUAAGGAGGACAAAAAAACCUGGAAGCCUUUUGUUGGACAUGAUUCCCUGAAAAUUGAGAUCAUGUUUCGCAAAUUUUGUGAACUGAAUCCUGAGCGAAGUGGACCAUCCCCGGCUGUGCCAAGUACUGUGGCGCAGGCUGAAAGAAGCUACAUAGAGUUCCCUGACCCCACGGAGGAAAGGGAUGUGUUAGAUAUUAGUAUCAACGUUGAACCGGUGUGUGUCAGGGGAGGACUCUACGAGGUGGAUGUCAAAGAAAAAGAGUGUUAUCCAGUGUAUUGGAAUCAACAGGAUCGGAUCCCCGUCAUGAGAGGCCAGUGGUUUAUCGAUGGCACGUGGAUGCCCAUGGAGGAAGAGGAGAGCGACCUCAUCGAGACGGAGCACCUGGCCCGUUUCCGGGGGCAACAAAUGCAAGACUCCUUCGAGACUGAUGUGGUGGCCAAGACGGUGGACAGCAAGGACGUUCUCUCCCACCUGCCCCCUUUCUAUCUUCCAUUUCUGUUCAAAUGGAGCGGAUAUCAGACGAGCGCUAAAACCACAUGUCACAAGCGAAAACGCUGUCAAGCUGUCCAUAGUCUAAAACUGAGUCGGAGUCAUGUUGACUGGCACAGUGUGGAUGAAGUCUAUCUCUACAGUGAUGCCACCACCUCAAAAAUUGCCCGAACUGUCACCCAGAAACUGGGCUUCUCCAAAGCCUCCAGCAGUGGCACAAGGUUGCACAGAGGUUAUGUAGAGGAGGCAUCUCUGGAGGAUAAACCUCCACAGACAACACACAUUGUGUUUGUGGUGCAUGGCAUUGGACAGAAGAUGGACAAGGACCGUAUCAUCAAGAACACUGGCAUGAUGAGGGAAGCUGUCAGAAAGAUGGAGGAGAAACAUUAUGGAGAUCACACAGAGGAGCACGUGGAGUUUUUACCAGUGGAGUGGCGUUCUAAUCUGACUUUAGACGGAGACACGGUUGACUCCAUCACCCCGGAUAAAGUGCGAGGACUGAGAGAUCUCCUUAACAGCAGCGCCAUGGACAUAAUGUACUACACUAGCCCACUGUACAGAGAUGAGAUCACCAAAGGUCUGACUCAAGAGCUGAACAGACUCUACACACUGUUUUGCCAGCGGAACCCUGAGUUUGAGCAAAAGGGCGGGAAAGUGUCCAUUGUCUCUCACUCUCUGGGUUGUGUGAUCGCCUUCGAUAUCCUGACGGGCUGGGAUCCUGUACGGUUCUGUCUGCAGGUACAGCAGGAGCUGGAUGAGAAGGUCUUAUGCUGCAUGAGCAAUGAGCAGCGCCACCUACUGGAGCAAGUGCAGAUGACACGACAGAGGUUACUAGAGCUAGAAGAUCAACUCCAAGGUCUGGAGGCAUCCAAACCUCUGGCCCCUCCAGUCCUAAAGUUUAAGGUGGAGAAUUUCUUCUGUAUGGGUUCUCCCUUGGCAGUGUUUCUGGCGUUGCGUGGGAUUCGACCGGGGAACAGCGGACAACAAGACCACAUCAUGCCCAAAUUCAUUUGCCAACGUCUUUUCAACAUCUUCCACCCUACAGACCCUGUGGCUUACAGGUUAGAACCGCUUGUUCUGAAACACUACAGCAAUAUAGCACCUGUGCAAAUACACUGGUGGAACACAACCAACCCCACUCCUUAUGAUGAGAUCAGACCCACCUUUCUGAACCCAGUAAAGGAGCCAACAUCCGAUACAGAGAGUAUUCCCAGUCCCAGUACGUCUCCCGUACUGGCCCGAAGACACUACGGAGAAUCCAUUACCAACCUCGGCAAAGCCGGCAUACUGGGUGCUGCCAGCAUUGGGAAGGGAAUUGGAGGGAUGCUGUUUUCACGCUUUUCCCGUUCAAGCAGUCAGCCGUCAGGGGUGGAUAGUGGGGUGGUGGAGAGUGAGGAGAAGAGCCAGUCAGCCUACGGCCUCUCCACCAUGUCCCAGUCCACCUCCACCAUUAUGGACACCACAGUUGAGCUGGAACAUCGCAUCGACUACGAGCUGAGGGAGGGUCUUGUGGAGAGUCGCUAUUGGUCGGCAGUGACGUCACACACUGGCUAUUGGACAUCUCUCGACGUGGCACUGUUCCUGCUGACCUUCAUAUACAAGCAACAGAGCUCAACUCAGUCUACUCAAGACAAUCCUGACCCCGAAUAA